GCGCGGUUCUUCGUCGGCGACCUGCUGCCCGAGGCGCGGCGCGCGAUCUACCUCGACGCGGACGUCGUCGUCGAGGCGUCGCUCGCGGGCCUCGACGGCGCCGCGGCGGCGGCGUUCGCGGCGAACGCGUCGGCCGUACUCGCGGCGGCGCCGCGCGACUUCAAGCGCGUCUGCGACCACCUCGUGAACUGCGGCGCCGCGGCCGUCCUCGCGCGCUUCGCGGACCCCGCGGCGGCGCUCCACGCGUUCAACGCGGGCGUCGUCGUCUUCGACCUCGACCGCUGGCGGGUCCGGCGGCUCGCGGCCGACGUCGAGCGCUGGGUCGCGGCCAACGCGGCGGCGGACCCGCCCAUCUACCGCCUCGGCAGCAACCCGCCGCUCGUCCUCGCCGUCGGCGAGGACUGGGCGCGGCUCGACCCCCGGUGGAACUGCAUGCGCGGCAUCCACCGCCAGCACCCGCACAACACGGCGUGCUGGCGCGACGCCUUCGUCCGCCACUACCCCGGCGGCGCCAAGCCCUGGGCCAUGGCGCCGGCGGACGCCGCGGCCCUCGGCUGGCGCUUCCCGCGGCGCGCGGCCUGCGCCGCGGACCUCGAGCGGCGCGCGGAGCGCGGCCCCCGCGGGCGGCCGCAUGGGCCCGCGCGCCGAUGCCGGCGCGUCGCGGCGUCGAGGGCCGCGCGGCGCAUGAGGCGCGGGCGCGCGGCGGCCGUCGCGCUCGCGCUGCUCGGCGCGUCGUCGCUCGUGACCUUCUCGGCGCUCCGCGGCGACGGCGACGACGGGCCGCACCUCACGCCGCGGACCGCGCUGCGGACGCCGCCGUUGCCGGCGCCGCCGUUGCCGGCGCCGUUGUCGGCGCCGCCGUUGUCAGUGCCGCCGUUGCCGGUACCGGCGCCGCCGCCGCCGGCGGCGGACGGCACCUUCGCGGCGUUCCGCGCGGCGCGGGGCCCGGCCGGGGGCGGCCCCGGGUGCGCGCUGCCGGCCGCGGCGCCGGCGGCGAGCCUCCACGUGCUGCACCCGGGCAAGACCGGCGGCCGGAGCCUGGCGAGCGCCGUGCGCUGCCAGCCGCGCAUCCGCAAGCUCGCGCACCACGCGCCCGCGGGCGCCGCGGGGCCGAACGCGACGUACGCGAUCGUGCUCCGGGAGCCCCGGGACCGCCUCGCGUCGGGCCUCGCGUUCAUGGUCAAGGGCGGCGAGGGCAUCGGCGACGACGCGGCCGCGGGCGCGACGGGCUUCGUCGAGAACGGGCCCUGCCACGCGUUCCUGCGGAACCGCACCGUGCCCGCGGCGCUCGGCGACGCCGCGGGCUUCCGCGGCGCGUGCGCGGCGCCGGCGCACGCGGGCCCGGCCGGGCCGGGCGAGCCGCCGUCCGACGCGGCGUUCCGGCGCCAGUCGGCCUGGCUCCCCGCGGACGCGGGCGCCGACGUCCGCGUGCUCUGCUUCGACGCGCUCGCCGCCGACUUCGACCGCGUGCUCCGGCCCUUCUGCGAGCCCCCGGACUGGCGCGAGCCCCGGCGGACCUGCGGCCUCGCCGCCGCGCGGCGCAACGCCGCGCGGCGCCGGCCCGAGCACUUCGUCCCGGGCGCGCGCGAAGCCAUCGAGGCCUACGCGGCCGAGUUCUACGCCGGCGACGCCGCGCUCUACGCGCGCGCCUGCGGCAACGCGACGCGGGACUUCUG